AUGACCUCCCAGUCCUCAACCAGCAGAGCUACAAUCGCCCAAAUAUGGGAAGAAUCGAUCGAAGAAUAUGAGAAGGCGACCGGCAAAAGCCUCCGACUAGGGAAGUUCAAAAGCAUGGACGAGAUUAUGGCUGGCACUGAAACCCUGUCGAGCAAGUUCAAGGACUUUCGCAGCGAUGAGUCCAAAGUGACGAAAGUGCGAACUGCAUUGAAAAAUAACAUGUGGUUGAUUCAGAAGGUGGUCAACACAGUUCAAACCGUUGGCAACGCCGCAUCAGCCUUCCCACCAGCUAUGCCCGCCAGUUUGAUCUUUACGGCCUUCGGACAGGUCAUGCAGUCAUUUGCUGACGUCUCUGCCGAUUAUGACAAGGUUAUGGGGUUUUUCGAUUUCACACAUCGAUUUUUCGACAGGCUUUCUAUGAUCGAGCAGAAGAUGCCCGACCUGCCUCAGUUUCAACAUUGCGUCAGCCGUGUAUUUUCGAGCAUACUCAAGAUUUGCGCAAUUUCACAAAAAUACUGCAAAGAAAAACGAUUCAAGAAGUGGUUUGAUAACCUGGUAAAUGGAACUGAUGGAGAACUGGCCGGGGCCAGGGCGCAGUUGGAGGAGGCAAUAAACGAGAUGAAUGAAGCCGUUGGUCUGGCUACUCUAAGGACGGUCGAGAUCCUGGAUGAGGUUGUCGAAAGCAUGAAUGGAAACGUUGAGUUUCUCGUCUCCAGCGCUACCAUGAUCGAUGAGCGAACAGCGGCCAUUGUAUCAAACACGAACACGAUUUUGGAGCAGAACCAGAACCUUGCAUCCAGGCAGGGGGAGAUGAGCGAAAUGCAACGAGAGACACUCGCAAAAAUGACAGAACAAUCUCGCAUGCUCAAUGGAGUCAUCCAGCUUUUUGGAUCUGUUCAAAUUGGGGAAGGAUUUUCCAAUUCCUUUAAGACCAGUCUCUUGAAGGUGGACGUGAUUAGGCUGCGGCUCACCCGCUGGGGCCAGUCUGUCGGAUUGGCAAACUUGGAGGAUCUCAAAAGUCUGCAGCAGGCAAAGUUCUCACCCGAAGACAUUCCCAAGGUUGAGGAGUUGCUGGGCGGUAUUAUGGACCAAUUUUCCGACGCUGAGACCUAUGCAAACCGAUUUAAGCGUAAAAACCCGUCCACGUCGACACUUGACCCUGCGAAGGAACUAGACUCUGUCUCCGCAUCGCUUCACCAGCAAAUGAGUGAGUUCGCUAAGAGAAGACAGGGUGAUUCCGAGCUAGACCCAGCAAAUGAUGUGGCAUUCUACGAGGAGAAGUACUUUGUUCGACUGAUCGAAGACACUAGCACUCUAGUUGAUGAUUUGAUCGAUCUGUUCCCGGCAGUGCAAGCAGUUCAGCGCAAGCUUUGUGAGGAAGAGGUGGCGGAGAUGAACAAAAUCAAAGACGCCCUUCCUAUACUCAAAGAAGUUGCUGCUGGGCAGGACAAGAUGCUGAGUGACACUGUCGUAAAAGUCAUUCAGUCGAGUACUACCUACACCAACAGUGUUGUCUUUUCAGGAACCAACUCGGGCUUUCAGAUAGGGAACAACAAAGGCAGGAUUAGCAAUGUGCGCUUCGGGUGA